UGUGACGCAAGCGCGGCCAGCUGAGGGGCCAUAAUAGAGGGUAGGGUCAGGGCGGCCUGGCACCGGCAGUGUCGCUCAGGCUGCCGGCCGGUCGGGAGCCCUCAAAGAGCCGCGGUGUCAGGUCGCAGGGCAGUUAGCGCUUUUGGGUGAGGAGACCGUGGCAGUGGCGGCGGCGCCGGCGGCGGCGACCCCUCGGGCGGCAUGUUCCGAGGAUUGAGCAGUUGGUUGGGCCUGAAGCAGCCCGAGGGGGCGGCGGCGGCGGUCGGAGAGCCGCCCAGCGGGGACGAGCUGUCUGCGGGAGACGCGCCUCCUGAGGAGCACCCCGAGCAGCCCACCCAGGAGGAGCCGCAGCCGGCCGAGGACCCAGAGCUCCUACACCAGGCCAGAGGCCUCGGAAAUUAUUUGUUUAACUUUGCGAGUGCUGCCACAAAGAAGAUAACAGAAUCUGUUACUGAAACAGCUCAGACAAUAAAGAAAUCUGUGGAAGAAGGAAAAAUAGACGACAUCAUUGAUAAGACCAUUAUAGGGGAUUUUCAAAAAGAACAGAAAAAAUUUGUUGAAGAACAACACACAAAGAAGUCAGAAGCCGCUGUGCCGCCAUGGGUUGAUAGUCACGAUGAAGAAACAAUUCAACAGCAGAUUUUGGCUUUAUCAGCUGACAAGAGGAAUUUCCUUCGUGACCCACCAGCUGGUGUGCAGUUUAACUUUGAUUUUGAUCAGAUGUACCCUGUCGCCCUGGUCAUGCUCCAAGAAGAUGAGCUACUAAGCAAGAUGAGAUUUGCACUUGUUCCUAAACUUGUAAAGGAAGAAGUAUUCUGGAGGAACUACUUCUACCGCAUCUCCCUGAUUAAGCAGUCGGCCCAACUCACAGCACUGGCUGCCCAGCAGCAAGCCACUGGAAAGGAAGAGAAAAGCAACAGAGAAGAUGAUAUGCCACUGACAGAGGCAGUACGGCCCAAAACACCACCUGUCGUAAUCAAAUCUCAGCUUAAAACUCAAGAGGAUGAGGAGGAAAUCUCUACCAGCCCGGGCGUUUCUGAGUUUGUCAGUGAUGCCUUCGAUGCCUGCAACUUAAAUCAGGAGGAUUUAAGAAAAGAAAUGGAACAGCUUGUACUUGAUAAAAAGCAAGUGGAAACAAUUGCACUAGAAGAAGAUUCUGCCGAUUGGGAAAAGGAACUACAACAGGAACUUCAGGAGUAUGAAGUGGUGGCAGAGUCUGAGAAGCGAGAUGAAAACUGGGAUAAAGAAAUUGAAAAGAUGCUGCAGGAGGAAAAUUAGUCCCAAACCAAUUCUUAACAUUGUGCUGACAUUACAUGUCGAUGCUCGCUGAAUCAGAAGGCACAAAAAAAUAAAUAAUUAAAUUUA